AUGCGCCUCGUCAACACCAAAAGCAUCCAACUCGAGUUCCUCGCCGACGACAAUGUGCCCGACUACGCCAUCCUAUCCCACACCUGGGAGCAGGAAGAGGUCCUCUUCCAAGACAUGGGAAGCGAUAGCGCCAAGUUGAAAAAGGGCUACGCUAAGCUCGAGAGCUGCUGUCGCGUGGCGCGAGAGAAUGGGUUUGAGUAUAUCUGGGACGAUACCUGCUGCAUCGACAAGACGAGCAGUGCAGAACUGAGUGAAGCUAUCAACUCGAUGUAUCGGUACUAUCAAGAGGCUAGCAUUUGUUAUGGAUACCUCGCGGAUAUUUCUACCGUUUCCGAAAUCCCGAAUAGUAGAUGGUUUACCAGAGGUUGGAUGCUACAGGAGCUCAUUGCGCCAAGAUCAAUGAUCUUCUUCGACAAACAUUGGCGUGAGUUGGGCACCAAGAGCAGCUUGGUGCAGGUACUAUCGCAGAGAACAAGCAUACCUGAAUCUAUUCUCUGUGACAGCGAAGAGCUAGAGACGACUAGCAUCGCGCAGAGAAUGUCGUGGGCUGCUGAUAGAGUCACAACAAGAAAGGAAGACAGGGCAUAUUCCCUCAUGGGUAUCUUUGGCAUUAACAUGCCCCUCCUCUACGGAGAAGGUGACAAGGCCUUCUAUCGUCUUCAAGAAGAGAUCAUGCGCGUAUCAGACGACCACAGCCUCUUCGCCUGGAAAGCCACCACUUCUCGCGGCGGUUUACUUGCCCCGACACCAGCUGCGUUCAAGCACUCGGGUGACAUCAUCCCUACAGUCGUUGAGCGCAAUACCCUGUCAUCACUUGCAGAAGCCGCGUCAGCAGGCGAUGCUGGGUCAGUCUGGUACCUCCUAGCUCAAGAUCCAUCCGGGACGAUGCACGAUGAGGCCCGGUCCACGAUAUGUCUUGCAGCUCGUGGUGGCCAUGAGCGCCUCGUCAGCCAGCUUUUGGCAAGAAGAGACACAGCACAUCUUAUCAUAGACGACCAAGCCCGAACUGCACUGUCCCACGCUGCAGAGUGCGGCCAGGAAGCUAUUGUUAGAUUCAUCCUGUCCAGCGCUACAAUCCAUCCUGAUACAAGGGAUGUACAUGGAUUAAGUGCGUUGUGGUACGCGGUGUAUCACAAACAAUCUGCUUGUGCAAAACUGCUUCUCCAGAAAGGUUUGGUAUCUGGCCAUGUCGGCGGCGACGGCAACACCCAAACCGCACUUUGGCACGCUGUCUCAUACGGCGAUCUCGACCUCGUGAAACUCCUCCUGCAGAACAAAGCACUCCAAUCUACUGGCGGCGAACCAGCCCUCUGCGCAGCAGUCUCAAACCAACACUUCGCCAUAACCGACCUCCUUCUCCAGCACGGCGCCGACCCCGACGAACGAGAUUCCAAGCGCCGAUCCCCACUGCAGAUCGCCUGCAGACAGGACAACCACGAGAUAGUAGCCCUGCUGAUGAGACACGGCGUCAACGCUGACGUGCUGGACACUGCGGGUAAGACAGAACUGGCGUUUGCGACGUUGAUUGGUAAUAAGACGCUGGUCAAAGUUUUGUUGGAGAAUGGGGCGAAUCCGAGGGCCAAGUGUGCGAAUGGCAAGACGGCGGCGGCUUAUGCGACGGGGCAGGAGAUGAAGAGCUUGAUUGGGAAUCAGAGGUGGUAUAAGACUUUGCUUGAUAGGACGAGUACGAAUCGGUCGGCGAUGUCGUGA